AUGAAGUCUUUCGCCAUCUCCGCUGCCAUCCUGGCAUCCACCGUCGCUGCUCUCCCCACCAACAUCAUCCCUGGUGCUGCUUCUGGUGUCCUCCCCUCUGGCAUCCCGACCUGCCUGCCCUCUGGCAUCAUCCCCUCUGGUAUCCCCGUUCCCUCGGGCAUCCCGACCUGCCUUUCUUCUGCCUCUGAUGCUCCCAGCGUCGGCACCAGCGUUGGCGACUCCCAGGUCUCCACUGACCAGGUCACCGGUCAGGUCACCAGCCAGGUCCACAGUGUCCUGACCGUCACCGACCAGGCUUCCAAGCUCGUUCUGGUCGAGCUUGAGCCUACCGUUGCUGGCCUCCUGUCCGGCCUCAACCUGGGUGGCGUCACCCAGUCCGUUGGCCAGAUCAUCCAGGUUGCCCCUACCGUUGGCGCCCUGAACCUGAACGGUGCUACCGGCGGUCUCCUGACCGUUGCUACCAGCGAGGGCUCUGUUGCUCUCGUCAAGCUCACCUCCACCGUCGAGGGUCUCCUCUCCGGUCUGGGCCUCCCCGAGGUUGGCUCGCUCGUUGGCUCCCUGGUUGGCACUCUCGAGGGUGUCGCCUCCGGCGUUACUGGCAACAUGAAGCGUGACCCCGUCUCCGACGUCAUGACCAUCACCGACCUCGCUGGCAACCCCCUCCUCGUCCAGGUUGAGCCUACCGUCCUCUCCCUCCUCGGUGGUCUUGACCUGUCCAACGUCCAGGGUGCGGUUGGCACCGUCGUUGCUGAGGUUCCCGCUGUCUCUGGCCUCGCCGCUGCUGCCCAGGGUGUCGCUGCCGACCCCACCCAGCUCUUCGGUGUCCUCGGUCAGGACGGCACCUCUGCCCUCCUCGUCAAGGUUGAGGGCACUGUCACCGGCCUGCUCUCCCUGCUCGGCCUGUCCAGCCUGACCUCCACUGUUGGCAGCGUCGUCCCCGCUGGUCUCCUGUAA